GGCGAGUGGGCAAUUGCUUUCUGUGGUCUGGGUCAUUCGUGGGCAUUUGGUAUUCCUUUAGGUUCUAAAAUUGUCUUCGUUUGGUUGAGUAAUUGGAAUUUAUUCCUAUUUUGAUACUUCUCUGCAGUUGAUUUCCACGAUGAAUUACUGCAUACCAGAUAUUUAUGAGGUGUCUCAAUCUGUGGUUGGCGAAUACACAAUUCAGGGUGGUGGAGAACAUUGUCUGUACGCGGGUGAAGGACCACGGUAUGGACACUGCGAACCGCAACCACUUCACCACCCCCCCUGCCUGGAGCAGGUUUGGCCAUGUAGCCAGCACUACAAUUGUUUGUAUAGCGGUGUCCCUUCUGGUUUAAGCAGUGACUUUUGUAGCAUGGAGAUCCCGCUCAGUAAUUUCCAUCAUCACCCUGAGUAUUUUCCUGAGAUUAAAUCAGACCUCUCACACUUGCAAUGGAUGCAAGGAGCACACAAGAAAGGGUACAUACCAAGUUACCUGGAAAAAGAUGAGCUUUGUGUUGUGUGUGGGGACAAAGCUACGGGCUAUCAUUAUCGCUGUAUUACCUGUGAAGGCUGUAAGGGCUUCUUCAGGCGGACAAUUCAGAAAAAUCUCAGACAAACCUAUUCUUGUAAAUACGAGAGAAAAUGUGUCAUCGACAAGGUGACCAGAAACCAGUGCCAGGAUUGUCGUUUCAAGAAGUGUAUUGCAGUUGGAAUGGCUACAGACUUGGUGUUGGAUGAGAGAAAGAGGCUUGCCAAGCGCAAGCUGAUUGAGGAAAACCGGGAGCGUCGCCGCAAGGGCGAACUACAGAAAACAGUUUUGGAUCAACAAGAGCCCACGCAGGAGGAGUGGGACCUCAUUCGCAUGAUUACUGAGGCCCAUAUGGCCACCAAUGCCCGGGGAAAUCACUGGAAGCAGAAGCGAAAAUUCUCGGUCGAGGAAACAAUGGUUCUUAAUGAAAUAACAUGUAAUUUAUUCUAUACCUCUGAUCAGAGUGCGGCGGGGAUGAAGGAAACUAAGCCUGCGAAUAUUGGUCAUUCAUCCACAGUCAAUACCCCAGAAGGAAGUAAAGUGGAUUUAGAGACAUUCAACCAAUUCACAAAAAUUAUCACCCCUGCUAUAACACGAGUGGUAGACUUUGCCAAAAAGCUACCUAUGUUUUGUGAGCUGCCAUCUGAAGACCAGAUCAUAUUGCUGAGAGGUUGCUGUAUGGAAGUCAUGUCAUUGCGAGCUGCUGUUCGCUAUGAUCCAGAGAGUGAGACCCUCACACUUAAUGGGGAGAUGGCAGUCACACGAGGUCAACUCAAGAACGGAGGCCUGGGUGUAGUGUCGGAUGCCAUUUUUGACCUUGGUGUCUCACUGUCCUCCUUUAACUUGGAUGACACUGAGGUGGCUCUUUUACAGGCAGUGAUCCUGCUUUCAUCUGAUCGUCCAGGCUUGUGUAACGUGGAGCGGAUUGAACGCUGCCAAGAGGAGUUCCUGCUGGCUUUGGAACAUUACAUCAACUACCGCAAGCAUAAAGCAGCUCAUUUCUGGCCAAAGCUGCUAAUGAAGGUGACAGACCUGCGAAUGAUCGGCGCCUGCCAUGCAAGCCAAUUCCUUCACAUGAAAGUGGAGUGUCUAACUGAAUUAUUCCCUCCUCUUUUCCUGGAGGUAUUUCAGGACUGAACAGAGGAUUUUGAGGGGGGCGGGUGCAUGUACUCUAUAUGUGAGCACUUGGAUGCCCUUUAAUAGGUGGGAAUUGCAGGUCUCUCACAUUAUGCACCAUUGAGUGUCACUUCAUUCCUUAGUUUUUGAGUAGUUAUGUGGUCAAUUUUUUUUAUUGGAAUCGUUCCUUUCAAUGCGGGUACAGGUGAAUAGCAUUUUUGUUUGUUGUUUUGUUUACAUUGUUUUGUUCAUUGUUGGGGAUUUUACCUCAAAUCUCUGAUACUACUAAAGGGCCUGUUUGCUUUGCUGAUUGUAAAGUGGGAUUAAUUAUAAUUGUUUUUAAGCAUCUGUUCAUUCAUUUGAACACACACAAAUGACAUUAUUUUAUGAUGGGAAUCCUUAAGUGAGGUAAAACAAACCCCUUCCCACAGUUGCUUAACUGUAAUGGAUCAGUUAAUAUUGACCCACUAAAAGCAACAGGUAAUAUAGGACUUGCGUUUGCUGUGAAGGGUAUGCACCACGUUCCAAAUGAUUAUGCAAAUUAAGUUUUUUACAUUUUUUCCUAAAAUCAAUCAGCAUAAUUUUCACAUUAUCAACUGUCUGAGCAUAAUUGGAAUGUUUUUGACCAAAACUCCCAAUGAUAAGUGUUUUGUUUUUUGGAAAAAUAAAAAGCUUAAAAUGCACUGUUCCAAAUGAUUGCACACAAAAGAGUUUCAAGACAUUUUAUAGGUUUCAAAGAAGUGAAAACAGUCAUAUGUUGAAUUUGGAGGUCAUCUACUGAAAUUAAAAGCUAUUUCAAUCAAAGGCCGUCAACUCAUCCCAACUAUACACAGUGUUGAUGGUGCACUGCUUCCCCCUCCUGAGACGCCGGAUAGUGGACCAGAAUUUCAUCGAAGCUGUCCUGAAGUCAUUCUGCAUAGCCUGAGCGAACUCCUCCCACGCCUGGGUUUUUGCCUCAAAGCUGCCUGCCAGUACCAGUCAGCUGCCUCUGGAG